AAUGGCAGCCAUCAAUAAGGAAUAAGUUGAUAUGGAUAAUCCAGCAUUUGCAUAAUAAGAUCCACAUCUUAAAAUAAAUGACGAUGAAGAAAUGGGAUUACCACCUUAAUUCAGAAAUCGUUACCCAAGAAGACCACCACUAUUUGAUGGCUUAUUAAACAAUGUUAGAGCUGUUACAAAGAAAGUAGAACACAUAAAAGGAUUUAAAUUUGAAGUAGCAGGAGGAUUGUCAAAUAAUUUUCAUUUGGCACAUUCAUGGAUGAUACCACCAUCAGUAUAAUAAAAUAUUAAAAUUAUUAGAGCAAAGGCAAAGCUCCAAAUCCUAAUCCAAUGAAACAACCACCUGUUCCAAGUUAUACUUUGGCUGCAUAGUAUUUGGGAGGCUCUCCUAAAACACCUUUUGAUCAUCCUACAUAUGUUAUGACAGGAAGAUGGGAUUCAAGUGGUAAAUUAGAAGCUGCUAUUAUUAAGAGAUUAAAUGAAAUGUUCAAUUUCAGGUAAAUAUAAAAAUCCUAUUAAAAUAAAAAGAUUUAGUGCAUUUUAUUUAAAUUCUGAUCCUUUAAAUUCUUAAAUGCAUUUAGAUUGUGAUAUAAAAGGAGAGGAUUAUGUUCAUUCAAUAAAAAUUGGUACAGGACUCUAUAGUUUCAAUAUGAUGUAAACAAUUGGAAACCGACUUGUUUUAGGAUAUGAAAUGAUGACGUUGGUAUCCAUUUAGAAAAUAAUUUAAAGACUGAAAGAAAUCUUUCAUUUAUGAGUUAUGCUAUGAAGUUUGGUAUCAACAAGAAUUAGAAUAUUUAUGCUCAAUAUGUUGGUGCUGCUGAUUAAUUAAUCUUAGCUUAUAAUCAUAGAGUAACAAAUUCAUAUCGACAAAUAGCUAUUAGAUAAAGCAUAUUUUAUGUCAGAAUUAGAAUAUUCAAAUUAAACUGGAGAAUCUAGAGCUAUACUUGUAAUAGAAUAUAUUUAUAAUAUUAAGGGUUAUAGACAGAAAUUUGCUAUUUCAGAAGUUAUAGUGACAGUGAAUUCAAAAUAGAAAUUCAGUUCUGCAUUAACUCUUUAGGGAUUUGCUUAUUAAUUGAAAUUGUGUGCAAUUGCAGAUUAUAAUAAGGAUAGCUAUAAAUUUGGAUAUGGAAUAGCAAUGGGUUAAGUUUGAUA